CACUUCCGCCACACUCUGAGGACCCCCUCCUGUCACAGGGAUUUCCAACAUGGCGCUGCCCAUACAGCGGUGCUGGUCUAGGCUGCGGGCUGUGACCUUACAGUGGCCGGCGGCGGCGGGUUAUCACGCCAAGCCGGUGCCUCUGAACCUGAGCGGCGUCUACAUCCCCAAUCCCUCCGACCCGAACGCGAAGGCGUGGCACAAGGGCCCGGCCUUUGAAGCCAAGCUGUACGGCCGGUAUGGCAGAGCCUCCGGGGUGAGACCUGAGCAGCUGUGGCCGAAGCCUGAGGAGCUGCAGAGGAUAGAGGGGGAGGAGAAGGAAUGGUACCCGAGCCUGGGGGAGAUGCUGAGCAGAGUGGAGGCCAAGGAGAAGGAAGAGCUGAAGAAGAAGCAGCAGAGGGAACAUCUGAUUGCUGGCAACAUGGCAAAGAUGCCCAAGAUGGUGGAAGAUUGGCGCAGAGGAAAGCGCGAGGCGCGGCAGAAGGAGAAGGAGGAAAAGGCCAAGAAGCAGCGUCUGUUAUUGGUCGCCCGUGAGAAGUUUGGUGUCACCGUGGAUCCCCGCAGCCCGAAGUUUCUGGAGAUGAUGAAAGAUCUAGAGAAGGACGAGAGAAGGAAGCUGAAGGCUGUGAAGAGAAUGCAGCUGGAGGAAGACAGAGCGGCCAUCGCGGCGGCCUUCGCUGUAAAACCUCCUGCAGACUCGGACAGUAGCAGUCCUGUAUAAUGUAUGAAUGCGCUGUUAUCGGCACACACUGAUAGACUGGGACAAAGGAAAAGAUGGAAGUUUUCAUGGCUGUCCCAUUACCUUCCAUCACCUAUACUGCUCUGGAAGCACGUCAGCCGCUUCAUGCAGGCUCUUCUAGUACCAAUAGACUGGCUCUAUUAGAACUUGAUGCCACACAAGAGCUGAAUGUUGAUAGGGUGACGUGUGCUGCGUUUUUAUAUGCAUGCCAUAGACUUCCUAUACAGAGAGUUUCUAAUAAAAUGGUUUUCAGCUGA